AUGUCGCUCAGGUACCAUGAAUCUGGAAGGGAAGGGACUUGUCUGCCACAAGUUGGUCAGUGGAAUAUGAUGAAUAAGGUAGCAACAUACAAAAACAGAGUAAUCAAAUACUCUGGAGACAAAGAACACACAACUAAUGAGAUCAGCUACACCAUCUAA